AUGUCAUUAACCAUGCCGUCUCACACAAAUGAGUCAACAACAACAACAACAACAACAACAGCUUCACCAAAGGUACAUAUCAAAGCAACUGCACCAAUUCCAUACACAUUAUACUAUGGCACAUUCAUACAUACACCUUCAUUAGACAGGUUGGAGAUCCAUUUCAAUUGCAUGGUCGGAGUAAACUCUAAUGGAGUUAUUGAUUAUAUGCACAAGAAUUACAAUCCACUGGAUCAUGACGGUCAAUCCCCACUCGAAUACUUUCAAUGUCAACAUAAUCAGUCGGUCUCGUCCAAUGCAAACUCCAACGGUGAUGCUGAUGCCAGUGACGUAAAUUUUGUUGAUGUGUCUCAAGAUUGUACCAAGUUUUUCUUUCCUGGAUUCAUAGAUACUCAUAUCCAUGCUUCGCAGUUUCCAAAUAUUGGUAUUGGGUUAGAUACACCUUUGUUGGACUGGUUAAACAAGUAUACAUUCCCUCUUGAGAGUCAAUUUUGCGGUGGGAAUGAGAAUGCGAAAAGCAGCAUCAAUGACAAAGAGAUUCAAGCGAGGUUGGAAUUUGUAAAGCAAGUGUACUCUAGAGUAAUUCAACGUACAUUGCUGAAUGGGACUACUUGUGCAUCCUACUUCACCACUAUUGACCCAGAAACCACCAAUUACUUUGCUGACUUAUUAUUGGGGUUUGGUCAACGUGGAUUUGUUGGUAAAGUUUGCAUGGAUUGUAAUGAAUCAUACCCCCAAUAUGAAGAAAGUUUGGAUACUUGUGUUGAUUCAAUGAACAAGAUUAUUGAGCACUUAGAUGAUAUCAAUCCCAAGUUGGAAACAUUGGUGAAACCUAUAGUAACACCGAGAUUCGCACCAGUAUGUUCAAGAGAGAUGUUAGCCUAUCUAGGCAAGCUAAGUGAAUCUAGGCUGUUGCCCAUACAAACUCACAUUAGUGAAAAUAAGCUGGAGAUUGAAUGGGUGGCCCAGUUAUUUCCCGAUUGUGAUAGCUAUAGUCAAGUUUACAACAAGUACAACUUGUUGACUGAAUCAACCAUAUUAGCCCAUUGUAUUCAUUUGUCACCGCAGGAAUGUCAGUUGAUUGCAGAAAAAAAGUGCUCGGUAUCGCAUUGUCCUACCUCAAACACAUUCAUAUCGAGUGGUGAAGCUCCAAUACGGAAAUACUUGUAUGAUUACAAUAUCAAUGUGUCUUUGGGUACUGAUGUAAGUGGUGGAUUCGAUUCGAGUAUUUUACAAAUUGUCAAGCAUGCAAUUUUGGUUAGUCAUCAUUUGUCCAUGAAGGAAGCAACCACCAAAGAUAAAGAAAAUGAGGAAGCGGUUGCAGAUUUCGAUUGUAAAUUAUCCAUGGCUGAAGGGUUGUACAUGUCAACCAUGGGUGGUGCCAGAGCAGUUGGACUACAAGAUCAAAUUGGAUCCUUUGUAAAGGGUAAGAAAUUCGAUUGUCAGUUGAUUGAUUUGACUAGUCCUGGUGCUUCAACCGAUGUAUUUUCCUGGCAAGUACCAAGUGUGAAUGAGAAUACUGGUGAUGAUGAUGACGGUGUCAAGUAUGACAAGAUGGUUGAUUUGGUGGGCAAAUGGGUCUUCAGUGGUGAUGAUCGGAAUUGUGUCGGAGUUUGGUGUAAUGGGAGACAAGUUGUAGAUAAGAGGAGGAAGGUAGGGGGUUGUGUAUGUUGA